AUGGAGUCUGGUAUACUGAACGGCGUUCUUGCCUUAUUCAUCCUUCGCAUCAUCUAUGAAUAUUACCGCGACCGUCGCCUUCCCCCUGGCCCAAGACGUCUACCCUUCAUCGGCAAUAUCCACCAGGUGCCGCAGGUGCUGCCCUGGCGCACCUUCGAUCAAUGGAGCAAGAAAUAUGGCCCAAUCAUGAGCGCACAGUUCGGGCGACAGACCAUUAUACUCAUUGCAGACGCCGCUAUUGCCCGAGAGCUGCUCGAUAAGCGAGGGAGUCUGUACAGCAAUCGGCCCAAACUGGUAAUGGCUGAUGAUAACCUCGUGAAGGGUAUGCAUAUUCUGCUCCGGCAAUACGAUGACCGUUUCCGACUGCAUCAGCGAAUGGAAGCCCCUGUGCUUAGUCCGCGAGCGUCAUCCACCUACUAUCCAGUUCAGGACCUGGAGAGUAAGCAACUUCUGCAUGAGCUUCUCUCGUCCAAUAACUUCGCUCUCCAUCUCGAGCGAUAUAGCAUCAGCUUGCUUUACUCCUUGACAUAUGGAUUCCGGGUAGAGACAGGGGAUGAGCAAGAUGUGGAAGACGCGCGUCGCAUCCUGCAUAACUUCGUAUAUGCGUCUCGUGUUGGAACCUGGGCUGUAGAUGCUCUACCUAUGCUCAAUUCCUUGCCAAAGUUCCUGGCACCGUGGAAGCGGAUCGGUGAGGAAUUGUUCCAGAUCGAGUCAAGCCUCCAUAUGCGGAACAUGAAGAAAGGUCUCGAUAGCCACGCAUGGAACUGGUCUAAGGAGUUCUCGAUCUCGAAGCAGGGGCAGUUGAUGCCACCACUGGAGCUUGCGUACGAUCUUGGCAUCCUGACAGAGGCGGGUCUUGAGACCACCUCGACUGUCAUGAAGAUCUUCGUCCUUGCGACUGAAGUGUAUCCGCGAUUUAUCGCUAUAGCUCAACGCGAAAUCGACCUCAUAGUUGGUCCUGACCGUCUCCCAACAUUAUCAGACAAGGAUAAUUUGCCGUACAUAUGUGCGGUAGUGGAAGAGACUCUCCGAUGGCGGUCCAUUGUGCCCGGGGGCGUACCUCAUGCUGCUAGGAAGGAGGACACCUACAUGGGCUACCGUAUCCCUAAGGACGCAACAAUAGUUCCCUUACAUUGGUCAAUGAGCCUCAAUGAACACGAGUUUGACAACCCGCUCGAGUUCCGCCCAGAGCGAUGGCUAGCAGGGUCGGAUAACGACCGAUUCACCAACUUCUUCGGAUACGGCCGGCGGAUUUGCACUGGAAGGCAUAUUGCGCGGAAUUCCUUAUUCAUGCUUGUGGCACGCAUUCUCUGGGGCUUUGAUAUCAGACCACCUACUGGACCGGACGGCCAACCUAGAACCGUGGAUGAUAUGGAUUUCGACUCGGGGUUUGUAUCUGCACCGGCGCCGUUUGAAGCAGUCUUUGAGCCGCGUAGUGAGCAUGCUCGAGAGAUUAUUGAGAAGCAAUGGGGAUCUACAGAGAAGGAUAUCAAUACUAUCAUGGAUUCAAUCAAGGAGAAGCAAAAGUCCAUCGGACUUGAUGUGCGGGGUUGA